AUGGCUUCAGCUGGAGGCCGGAGAUGGCAGCAGUUCUUCCAAGAAAUGAUCAUGGUUGCAGGCACUUCUGCCUCUGCAUACUUCCUUAUCCGCUACCUCAUAUCACGUCUUGAUUUCGACCCCGAGAGCCAGAAGAAAGAGGAACAACGCCAAAAGUCGGCGGCCAUCUUGCGCCGAUUGGAGGGUGGAAAUGAUGAGGCCGAUAGUUCUCGGUCAAAGGAUGGGAAGCGCGGGAAAGGCCAGCGAAAGCGAGAGCUCACUCUGAACCAAUACGAGCAAGCAAUUGCAAUGGACGUUGUUGCGCCAGAAGAUAUCUCAGUCUCAUUUGAGGAUAUUGGAGGCUUGGACGACAUCAUUGAGGAGUUGAAGGAAUCGGUCAUCUAUCCACUGACUAUGCCUCAUCUUUACGCUUCGACUUCCUCUCUUCUAAGCGCACCUUCUGGAGUGCUCCUAUAUGGCCCGCCUGGCUGCGGAAAGACCAUGCUCGCGAAAGCUCUCGCGUCCGAGAGUGGUGCAUGCUUUAUCAACCUGCACAUCUCCACUUUGACAGAGAAAUGGUACGGAGACUCAAAUAAGUUGGUCAAUGCGGUGUUUUCGCUAGCGCGCAAGUUGCAACCGGCUAUCGUCUUCAUUGAUGAGAUCGAUGCGGUACUCGGAACCCGGAGAAGUGGUGAGCAUGAAGCUAGCGGCAUGGUAAAGGCUGAAUUUAUGACCCACUGGGAUGGUCUUACCUCCACAAACUCUACUGGAGAGCCGCAGCGGAUUGUUGUUCUGGGGGCGACCAACCGCAUUCAUGACAUUGAUGAAGCCAUUCUCCGACGAAUGCCCAAGAAAUUCCCAGUGACUCUUCCCCCGAUAGCCCAGCGACUCCGAAUUCUCAGCAUUGUUCUCAAAGAUACCAAGGUUGACCGAGAGAACUUUGACCUACACUAUCUAGUCAAGACUAUGGCGGGGAUGUCCGGUAGUGAUAUCAAGGAAGCAUGUCGCGACGCCGCUAUGGUUCCUGUUCGUGAGCUCAUUCGAACCCAGAAAGCAAAUGGCAUGGACAUGAAUGCCAUGAACCCCCAAGAAGUCCGCGGUCUUCGCACCGAAGAUUUCUUCCUGAGCGCCGGAGGGAUCAAGGUGAUUCAUCCGGAUGCAUUGCCUACUCCCACAGGGAAGGUCAGCGAAAAGGAGGAAGGCGAAUGGAGCACCGAGUCUGAGGUCACCUCUGAAACUGAGCCACGACCUUCCGUGAUGGCCGAACCCCCCGAGUAA